AUGACAUGUUAUGCCGGCUUCACCAUCAUCGCGUACGUUUGUAUCGCCUUCGGCAGCACCAUCAUAAUCCCCGCCAGCGCCUGCGAACUGAACACCACCAACUCACAACAGGGAUACAUUGCCGCCGGUCCAUUGGUUGGAAUAAUUCUGGGCGGCGUGGUAGGUGGCUACCUGGGCGACAAGUUCGGACGUCGUCGGGUGCUGCUCAUCGCGCUGAUUACUGCCGCCAUCAUCAACGGCAUCGCCAGCAUCUCCGUCAACUGGGUCAUGCUCAUGAUCCUGCAGUCCAUUGCCUCCUUCUGCGCCGCGGGCGAGUACUCGUUAUCAAUGACAAUCCUCAGUGAGAGCGUUCCUAUGGCUAAAAGGAACCUGGUGGUCUUGCUGGUCACCAGCAUAUUCCUAAUGGCGCAGGGAGUGAUGGCAGUCCUUGCAAUCCCUAUCAUUCCCCUGCCGUUUUCAAACUACAUCUCCGCUUUGGACAUAUACUGGAACUCCUGGCGGACGCUACUCCUCGUCUACUCGGCACCGAGCCUGGUAUCUGCCGCCUGGCUAGCCUUCAUGCUGGAGAGUCCCAAGUAUUUGUUUACGCAGGGGCGCGAAGAAGAGGCCCUGAAGAUAAUUAGAACCAUUCAUAGAUUAAAUAAGGGCAAGUCGGCAGGGGAACUUCAGAUAACGGGUCUAGUAACAGACGCGCAGCAAAUCAAUGGUCCCGCCUCGUCGAAAGACCAGAUCGUUCCACUUUUCAAAUUGCCACUCGUCAAGUACACUAUAAUCGUAACCGCACUCCAUAUGUUCCAACAGGUUGGAUCUUUCCAAAUUUGGCUGCCAACAAUAGCGAAUCAAUUCAUUCAGAUCGUUGAGACGGGUGAAGGCACCGACAAGAGUCUGUGCGCCAUCAUCAACGACAGUUUGGAAGCACCGCCCAACCCCGACAUUGCCCCUUGUGCACUGAACGUAGUGGCUCUUCUCAUGGUGCUGUUGGUGUGUGUUGCUCAGUCUGUGGCGAACGCUCUUCUCAGUUUGAUCGUGAACAGAGUGGGGCGUCGCAACAUGGCGAUGGGUGUGACCGCUACGUGUGGGCUGGCAGGCGUCCUCGUGAACCUGGUGCCUAACGCGUACGGCAGUGUGGCCUUCUUCAUAAUCUUCCUGCUCGGGAUCUUGGUGAUAGGGCUGUACACCGCCAUAGCGGUCGCUCUGUUCCCCACUCAGCUCAGGGCCCUCGCUGUUGCUCUCACCAUGACCGGUGGAAGAAUUGGGACCUUUGCCUCCGUACAGAUCCUCAACUUGAUGCUCGUGACAAAUUGCAAUGCCGGCUUUUAUCUUUUCUGCGCCAUAUUCGCAUCGUCAGCGAUCAUUGCCGCUUUCCUACCUGAUGAUAGACGAUUACAGACUCAGCGAAAACCCGAAGCAAAGAAUACAGAA